AUGAGAACGUCAACUGAUUCAUUGUCACAGUUGUGUGACGAUGAAUCAGUUGAACCCUGUGACAAUGAAUCAGUUGAAGUUCUCAUGGUUCAACUGCAACUGCAAACUGUAAAUACAACCAUCGAUGUUGAUGCAAGUGAAGAAGAAACGAUUAUUAAUACUUCAACGCCCACUAAACAAACACAAAACAAAAAUAUAUUACAAAUGCCCAAACCAUCGCGAUCGGCAUUCUAUUUUUAUGCCAUAGACUAUAAAAAUCGUGUAUCCCGAUUAAAUGGUCGAAAUUUAACUAUCCAAGAAGCAAUUGAAUCAUGUUAUGAUGAAUGGAAAAGUCUUCCUGAUGAAGCUAAACAACCGUAUAAAGAGCGCUAUGAAGAAUGGCGUCUAUUAUAUCGAACUGAUCCGGAUGCAGCUAUGGCACAAACAACAUUAGGUCCACUACCAGGGCAAAGACAAUAUUACCCACCAACAAAAUCAAGACCUGGUGGACCGCCAUCGAAAACAAAUGAAGAAAAAAUGCUGCAUGAAAGAGAAACACAACAAACAUUGAACAAACGUGUUAUACCAUGUGAAGAAUUACAAAUUCAUUAUAAUCGAUUCAACAUUGAAAAAGAAUAUUUGGCACACGAUUAUUUACCGCUAGAUUUAAAAGAAUUAUUACAAAUGCCAAUUUAUCUGAUUAAUUUUCAGAUUUUUUGUAAAAUCGAUGUGGAAGAUGGUGGACAGUUUGUGCCGGCGGAAAUGAGUGUUUUAAAAGGUCCAACAACGUGGCGGCAUGCAUUUAUUAAACCGGAAAAAAUUCCUCCUGGAUACAUGAGCGCGUGUCUCGAAAUGUCAAAAACAAAACAUGAAAUUCCCAUACGUGAUUUUGAGAGUGCUGUUAAUAACUAUGGUCUUCUAUAUGAACAAUUAAAAUCGGUUGUGAUGCCUUUCUCGUCAACAUCAACGAUGUCAAAUAAUGAUGGUGGCAAUGGAACAAGUUUUUCUCGAGGUAAUAAUGAAAAUAUGAUGAACAGUUCAACAAGAUCAUCGAGAGGAGCACAAGGAACAGAACAACGUCAAAAUGAAGAUGAUCGCACUAAAAGGCGGCAAAGACGAUUAAACAAACCAUGCGUCUUUUAUCCAGCUGUUGAACACGAGCAAACAAAUGCAUUAUUAGAUUGGUUACAAGAAAAAGCUGAAAACAAAAAGCCGACUCGUGAAACACGUUUGGUUGAUCGUUGUAGUAUUGAAAGUUUAAUAAUGACAUUAGCUCAAUUGAAAAAUCAUCGUGUAUCCACUGAUGAUUUAGAUAAAACAUUUCAAAAUGCGGCUUAUACAUUUAUGGUUGAUCAACGAUGUGAAUAUCAUCAGCGACUUGGUAAUUGUUGGUGUUCUGUGUCUCGGUGUCAUGCAGCCGCGAAAUUAAUUUCCACAUAUUUAACACAAUUAUAUUAUCCUAACCAACCGCAAUUUCAACGUCAAGGAAAACGUCAAUCAGCUGUCGUCUAUAAUUCUUCAUCAUAUUCUGAAAAUAAUUCGACAACAACAAGUCAACAAUCAUCACGUUCAGUAACGCCAACUAGUUCAUUUGUCAAACCAUUGUCAAUAAAUAAUUCAAUGGCUAACAGUGAAACAUCUGAUUCAUUAGCGUCGUCUAAUGAUCACUUAUUUACACAAGUUCGAAAACAAAUGCCACCAUCACAACCACAACCAAAUCGAACAAAUUUAACACAAAUACAAGAAUAUAAACAACGUUCGCAAGAGGAUUUUGAUGAUACAUAUUCUAUCCAUUCAACAUCAACAUUAUCUCACGAAAAACAAGCAAACUCAAUCAUUUCACCAAAUGCUAGUAUAUAUGAUUCAAUUGAAAGUCAACGAAAUAUGCCAAUAAUGAGAAAACAAUCGUUGUUAAAUGAAAAUAUGGGAAAUAAUAAUCAUUUUAAUCGUUCAUCCACAAGUAAUAUGGAACGUUUAAUAUUGUCUGGUUCAACUAUGAUGACUGCUGCUGUUGGUUUACCAUCGUCUCCUGUAUGUUCCGCUUUCUCGUCUUCCGCUACUUCUUCAAACGGCUAUCAUUCACCUCCAACACAAAAUAAUCGUCAGAUAUUACCCGAUAAUGAUUUCGAAGAUGAUACUGAAAUAAAUAACGAUAUGACUGAUCUGAAUACAAAACAACCGUUUUCAUAUAAUCCAGUAAUGAACUUAACAAACCGUUCAAUGUACAAACAAUCGUUAUCAAAUGUACCAUUAUCGAAUACAAGCAAUGAAGUGCAAUUUUUAAGACCAUAUUUUGGUCCUAGUCAAAAUAAUAAUUGUACAUUAAUAAACGAUAUUUAUAAUAGGCAACAUCAACAACAAGGAUCCCAUCAUAUUAUUAGUCCAAUUAGACACGCUGAAGAACAACAAAGCGAACAAUCGUUUGUUGAAACAGAAUCGGUUAAUGGUGCACCAGCUGUAACAGUGGCCAAUUUAUCAAUGACAAAACAAGUUUUAUUAAAAGCAAUACAAGAUAUUGAUAAACAAAUUCAACAACUUGGACAAUAA